GGAUGACACACAUGGAGAGCUUCUGCAGUUCAUUCCAGAUCAGAUUAAGAUGGCAGAGCAGUUCACACUUCUUGUUCUCAUACUGUGAGGAAGCAGUCUUUUUCGCGUCUGAAACAAUCAAAGAGGUAGGAACAACCCAAAGCCACAGUACAAUGGCGCUUCCAAAGAAGAAGCUACUUCCUUGCAUAAAUGAAAAUGAAGAUUCAGAUACAGAAAUGGCUAGUUCUGAAGACUAUUUUUCGUCCAGUGGCAGCAGUUAUUGUUCCUCUGAUGAAUUUUCAUCUGAAAAUGACAUGGGACACAGCAACUGCAGCAAGCCCUGCAACGAGCUCCAGCAACGACAAAGGGAACUUACAGACAGCAAUGAAUGAUCGUACGAGUUCAAGGAGGAAGAUUGGGGGUCGCUCAUACAAACAUUCUGAAGCUGUGAUGCAACAGUGUUUGGAAGAUAUCAAGACAAAAAGACUAUCCUCUCGCAAGGCUGCAGUUGUCUAUGGAAUUCCACGCAGUUCUAUAAUUCUUAAAAUGAAAGCUAUACGGGAAAACAAUGUGGCACCACCUGGACGAAGCUGUGUGUUUACUUCACAAGAGGAGGAAUCAUUUGUACAGCACACUAUCAAAUUGAAUUCCUGAGAAGACUGUGAGCGCUAGUAGUGAUGAGGAUACAACAUCAUUUGUAUCAGAUGAUGAUGACACCUUUGACUUGAGGACAUCAGAAGAAAGUGAUGAUGGUCUAAUGAAGUCUGCUGAUGUGACGGUAGCAUAUGUGCCUCAAGUGGGUGAUAAUGUGAAAUUUCAGUAUGAGGGGGAACACUGACCUGGUGUUGUACUGAAUGUGCAUAAAUCAGACAUCACAGCCAGCUGUAUGGAAAGAAGAGGGAAUUUUUGGAAAUGGUCAACUGUAAAAGACAUUUUAAAAUACAAAAUGUCAGAUAUUGUAAGUAAAAUUUGUGUGCCAGUGAACGUCUCUUUAAAAAGGGAUUUGUACAGUAUCCCAUACCUAAAAGACAAGUGGGGUAUAAAGGAGUAGAUUGUUGAUUUCUUACAGCUGUGCUUAGAAACAUUUGAGAAGGUCUUUCCUUUGUAUUGUGAUUUAUAUCUGUAUUAAAAUACUUCUACAUCCUCACACAUGU